AUAGGUCAUAAUAAACACUUCUAUAAUAAGAUCAACGCCAACAAGGUGGUUCCAACAUUCAACUAUGUCGCCAAACUUCACCUCUAGCUUUGCGCUCUAUCCUUCCCCUUGUCCAAGCUUGCCCUUAUCACCCAGCCUUCAAUGUUUCUAUAAACCAAAAAGAAAACAAUCCGUAUCAUCUAUCCGAGCUGGUCCAGAAGUAAGUCAUAAUCAAAUUGCCAAGCCUCAAAUUGCUCGGCCCACGGCAAACUAUCACCCAAACAUUUGGGGAGAUCGGUUCAUCAACUAUGAGUAUUCCGAUGACAAUAUAACUCAUGCCCAGAAGCAGGUUGACGAACUGAAAGAAAUAGUGAGGAGGGAAGUGUUCACAAAUCUUAAAGCUGGAGGUGAUGGUUUUGCACAUCAGCUCAAGUUAAUUGAAGCAAUCCAGCGUCUUGGCGUGGCAUACCAUUUUGAAAGAGAGAUCGAAGAAGCACUGGAACGCAUACAUGGUACAACCUAUCAUGACAAUUAUGAUGGCGAUCUGCACAGUGUCGCUCUUGGCUUUCGGCUACUAAGGCAGCAUGGAUAUAAUGUUUCAAGUGAUAUAUUCAAUCAGUUCAAAGAUGCAAAUGGUAACUUCAAGGAAAGCUUGACUGCCAAUGUGUCAGGUAUGCUAAGCUUGUAUGAAGCAACACAUCUAAGGGUGCAUGGAGAAGAUAUACUAGAAGAGGCUCUUGUUUUCACCACCGCUCACCUUGAGUCCAAAAUAACCCAUGUAAGGUAUUCACUGGCAGCACAAAUAAGUCAAGCCUUGGAGAGACCUCUGCUAAAAUGUCUAGAGAGGUUAGGUGCCAGGAAUUACUUGUCAAUCUACCAAGACGAAGCUUCACAUAAUGAAACUCUACUAAAACUUGCAAAGUUAGAUUUCAAUCUUGUUCAGUCUUUGCACAAAAAGGAGCUCAGUGAGAUUACUAGGUGGUGGAAAGAAGUGGACUUUGAAAGGAAGCUGCCGUUUGGAAGAGACAGGAUAGUGGAAUUGUACUUUUGGGCAAUGGCAGUAUAUUUUGAACCUCACUACUCUGCCGCAAGAAUAAUUGUAAGCAAAAUCAUUGCCGUGGGAACAGUGAUGGAUGAUAUAUACGAUGCAUAUGGUACCUUCGAAGAACUCGAGAUCUUUACAGAAGCAAUUAGGAGGUGGGAUGUUAAUUGCAUGGAUGAACUGCCAGACUAUAUGCAAAUAUAUUAUCAAACACUUUUGAAUCUUUUCAAUGAAGUUGAGGAUGAGAUGGUGAAGCAAGGCAAUUCAUACCGAAUUUACCAUGCAAAAGAAGCUGCGAAAGCUUCAUGCCAAGCUUACUUUGCUGAGGCUAGAUGGUUACACGAAGGAUGCAUCCCAAGCAUGGAGGAGUAUAUGCAUGUUGCAACAACUACUGUUGGUAACCACUUACUUGCAACCAUGUCUUUACUUGGGAUGGGAGAUGUUGUAACGAAGGAGGUAUUUGAGUGGUUGUUCAGUAACCCUAAAAUUCUUAGAGCUUCCAAUAUCAUGUUUAGGCUCAUGGAUGACAUUGCUGGGUCCAAGUUUGAGAAAGAGAGAGGGCAUGUUGCUUCUAGUAUUGAUUGCUACAUGAAGCAAUAUGGGGUCUCAGAGGAAGAGACACUUGAUGUUUUCAACAAACAAGUUGUGGAUUUGUGGAAGGAUAUAAACGAGGAGCUCCUUAUAAAGCCAACUGCUGUGCCAAGGCCUGUCCUCAUGUGCGUUCUCAAUUUAACAAGAGUUGUGGAUCUGCUUUACAAAAGGGGAGAUGACUUCACACAUGUUGGAAAACUCAUGAAAGAUAUUGUUACUUCCCUUUAUAUUGAUCCUGUGCCACUUUAAGUUGGGUUCAUUAUUAUCUUUGUAACUUAUUCCUACUCCAAUAAUCAAAGAAAAUAAUUAUCAAAUUUUAUGACGUUCAUAAAAAAUUAACAUAAUUUUUU